AAGACUAUAAAACUGGUUUGAGCAAAAUUCCGAACAUAAAAAAAAACAACAACAGAAUUUGUCUUUGUAACAGCACCGGCAAGAAGAUGGCUGAAAAACUGGCUCCCGAGAAGCUUCACAGCUUUUUUCACGGAGGACAGAAGGUUUUCGAAUGGGAUCAGACUCUAGAAGAGGUCAAUGUCUACAUCACUCUACCACCCAACGUAUCCAAGAAGUUAUUCUACUGCAAAAUUGAGUCCAAGCAUGUCGAAGUUGGCAUCAAAGGAAGCCCUCCUUACCUCAAUCAUGAUCUUAACGGUCCUGUGAAGACAGAUUCUUCAUUUUGGACGAUAGAAGAUGAAAUCUUGCACAUAACGUUGCAAAAGAGAGAUAAAGGUCAGACAUGGCCUUCACCAAUAUUGGGUCAAGGUCAACUCGAUCCUUAUUCAGCUGACCUUGAGCAGAAGCGCUUAAUGCUUCAAAGGUUUCAAGAGGAAAACCCAGGUUUUGAUUUCUCACAGGCUCAAUUCUCUGGAAAUUGUCCAGAUCCAAGAACAUUCAUGGGUGGUAUCAGAACUGAUUGAAGGACAAUGGUUCUUUGGUCUGCGACAGAUAUCAACAAUACACACUCAUACGUAAAAAGGUCUCUUCUUUGCGUUAAUUAAGUUUUGAAAUGUUAAUAGAAUUAUUUUGCUUGCUGAAGGAGUUUGAAUUUCUAUAAAGCUCUCUACUUGAGAUUGCCACUUGUUUAAUUAUCAGUCCUUUAUAUAAAAGGC